CCAACUGAUCGCCUGGCGUCCGCGGCUGGGCUGGGCAUUCCCGGCAGGGAGUAGUGCAGUGUCCGCGCAGCUGAUUUCCCUUCCCUGCCGGAAACGGCGCGGAAGCGGGAAAUGAAAAUGGAAAGCCUGAGCCAGAGCCACUUGUUCCGGAUGUAAACGUUGAAUGCUGUCGUGUGGGGUUUUCCGCUUCCGCGACCAGAAGGCAAAAGGCGUCUGCUGGUGUUUUCGACUUGUUUUCGACUUGUGCCAAGGGCAGGACGCGAAGGUUUGGAGAGUUCUGGACGCGUCUGCCUGCCGUUUCGCACUGAGGGGCCGCGUGCGCCUGCACUGCGGGUUUGUUGGCAGAGACAUAACCUCACUGUGUAACACCUGUACUAGGUUUAAGCCAUUUACGGCCUAACUUUAGUGUUCCUGGUAGUGCCAAUCAUGCAAAGGAUUCCACAAAAUCUGCGUCUACAUUAGAGGCCAUGGAGCUUCUAGACUUGAAUUGGGAUGAUGUCCUUCAUCGGCAUGUUCUGCCAUAUUUGUCCAUGGCAGACUUGUUCCGUCUUCGAGCAGUGUCAACAGGUUGCCGAGAUCUUGUCCACUCAUACUUCUCAAAUGCCUUGGAGUUAGAUGUUAGUAAACACUCUGAACAAAUGACGACAGAAGCUUUCAACGUUUUGGCGGCUAACACCAACAGCUUGCAAUCUUUUAUUGGUGAUAAUUGUGGUUUUUUGGAAGACUCUGCGUUGAAGCUGCUCUUUAAAAACAACCCUAAACUGAAAAUUGUUCACUUGCAAUGUUGCAAGCAUUUAACACCAGCUAGCCUGCAACCCUUGAUUCUCAACUGCAAGGGACUCAAAGUUCUUAACCUUAAAGGUUGUCCAUGGGUCACAUCUGGUUGUCUGCAGACUUUUGCUCUUCACCAGACAAAUUUGCAGGAGGUUCACUUUGAAUCAUGCGGCUCUUUGGAUGACAAUUGUCUUGAACAUUUUUUUUCCAGUUUUAGCAAGAUGCAGGUUGUUCAGUUUGCCCACCUUCAUUCAGUCACUGACCGAACCCUUAUGGCCUUAGCAAAAUACUGCAAGAAUUUAAGAAAUCUCGACAUUUCUAACUGCAGUCAAAUAACUGACCAAGGACUAACGGCACUGGCUAAAUGCCCAGAUUUGCAGGUGCUGAGGGUAUCGUACUGUGCAGGUGUUCGUUCUGGAACUACAACAGAACUCUCCUCCCGGUUUGAUCGAGUACGUAUCGAAGAUAAAAGACCACCCCCACCCCCAGGUUGGUGUAUUCGAUGGAUGCCUCGAAAUCCAGGCUGGGUCUUUCACCGUAAGAAGAUGGUUCAAGCAUAAAUUUUCUUCAAAAUUACUAACUUCCAUGAAGGAUGAUGUACUUUUACAAUGUCAUUUCAUAUAUUCUGAGAUUCUUCUGCCAGUGUAGGGACCAGAUAAAUCUACCAGGGAUCAAUUAAUUCAUACGUGUGUCCUAAAUUUGAAAGAUGCUAAUCAAAUUCUGUUAUUGCCAAUUAAUUUAUCAAAAGAGACAUAACAUGACAAAAGUAACUCGUUUAGUUUUUAAAUUCGGGUAAUUCUUGUUACUUUGUUUUUAAUUCUUUUGCUUAGCAAAGGUAUUGUUUUAUACUUUAUGAGUGAAUUGCUUAGUUAAGAUGGAAUUGCAAACCUUUUGUUUGUUUUCUUUGUUUUACUGAUGAUAUUUUUCCUUUGUAAUUUUAAAUUCUGUGAUCUAAGUUGCCAUUUUAAUUAAAGAGUCUAUUUGUUUUGUUAAUAAUUACUUUUUGCUUGAUAUAUAAGAGGGUAGCUUGCAUUUAUGUAUUGUGACACUUCUUUUAUUCCUCUCAGUUGUUGCAAUUGGACUGUGUGAGCAAUUGUAUUUUCUCAUUCAUGUAGUGCUUUUCCUACCAUUUCUUCAAUUUUGUAUAUCAAACAAUGAUUAUUGUAACUUUAGAAUGUUGUGUACUUAAUUUAAUGCUGUAGAUCAGAUGUUACUAGGUGUCAUAUAGUGACAACUGGUUGGUUGAGGUGCAUUCAAGUAUUUGUGAAAAUGAAUGGAUCUGAGUUAAGCCGUUGCAAGUAUAUGUGAUAUAUAAAUGAAUCUUGUGAAAAGUUGUAAAGCAAGAGCCCAACCUUUUUCUUUUUAUGUUAUUCAAGUAACACUAAACGCCACCAUGAACUGAUCAAAGCAACAUUAAGUAAAUUAUAUGUUUCUUCCAUUUUAGUGUUAGUAACAAAUCAUUGUUCCUAUUGGAACACAGUGCCUGUUUUGUGUGCAAUAUUCACAGCUGUUUCAAUGCUACUGUGUUAUGUUGAUUCAACAACUGCGCCAUAAGGAUUUGUUCAAAAUGGUUAUCUUAAAACCCAAGUACAAAUAACAUAAAAUCUCCUAUCCUAAAGCGAUGUAUUUGCUAGUGUGUUAUUUUGUCUUAAAUUCAGGAGUUUGAAGACCUUGCAACAGCAGACCUUUAGGUGGGUCCACCAAUUCCAUUGUUCUGUGGUAUUAUAUUUCAUUGUUGAUUAUUAUGAUUAUGCGCCACCAUCAGGCAAGAUAUUUUUUUAAAAUGCAGUGUGAUUUUUAGGGACCCAAUGUCUUUUAUUACAUAGCUUGGUUUUGCUUUGGUUUAUGUAACAAUAUGUGUUAAAGUGAUUUGUGUGUCAUAAAGGUGUAUGGAUAAUUUGUAAUUUUGGACUGGGUGUUCCGGUAUUUAGUACUGCUUUGAAAGGUUGUUAUAGGUUGUUAUAUGGAGUAUUACCUGACGUAUAAGUAGCAGCCAUUGAACUUAAAAAGACUGUACCUUUUUGAAACUGACGAGUUUUAGGAUAAACACAAGUAAGACACUCAGAUCUUGGAUGAAUUCUUUCCAGUUGGGUUCUCUCACGUUUUUGUCCUUGCUUCAUUCAACUGCAUGUGUUGUGGUGAAUGCAUAUCUAUUCAUUAGUAUUAAGGCACGAUCCAUUGUGUCUACUGAAAGAAAAAUAAACUGUUAAUAAAUAACUCAACAA